GAACAGAGUUGGGAAUUUCUUUCAGGCCACGAGUGACGGACCUGAAAAGAACUCGUUCCUGCGAUGAUGACUCGGCAAACAGGUCUAUAUACAAACUUGUAUAUGAAUAAUGAGACACAUAAAAAAUGCCACCGUGAAGAAGACCUAAACACCCAUCUUUCCCUAAAUCUGUGGAUCAUCAUUAUUAUUCUUUUUGUGUUCCGUAUGGAAUAUCGUAAUCGUGAGAGAAUAAAGAAAGAACCUAAGCAAGAGCAAGGUGAACCUAGGAAAGAAAUCGGUAAACUUAUGGAAGAAAUUGAUAAACUUAGGAAAACAAAUGGGGAACUUAUGGAAGAAAAUGAAAAAUUGCAAAAGGAAAUUGAUCAAAGAAGAGCCCAAUUUAGGAAUGGCUGGCAGAAGACAUCAUUGUUCCCUGACUGGAAGAAAGAAUUUUUCCAGGCUGUGAAUGUUAUUCUGGAUCCAGCCACAGCCCAUCCUGCCCUCAUCUUGUCUGAAAAUAACAAAUGUGUAACUUUUGGAGAGAAGUCUCAAGAUCUACCUAAAGACCCACAGAGAUUUCAUUCCCUUCCCUGUGUUCUGGGCCACUCAGUUUUCACCUCAGGGAGGUUCUACUGGGAGGUAGACGUCAGAAACAGUGGAGCCUGGGACCUAGGAAUAUGCAGGCAAAAUGUAAUGAGGCAGGGGAGGAUUUGUGUAAAACCUGAAGAUGGUUACUGGGCCAUCAGGUUUUAUAAUGGUGAAUACUGGGCACUGACCUCUCCAGAAAUGCAGCUCACUAUAAAAGAACACCCUACCAGAGUGUGUAUUUUCUUAGAAUGCGAUGAUGGACUUAUCUCAUUCUACAACAUGACAGAUAAAUCCCACAUUCACACCUUCUCUCAAGGUUCCUUUAAUGGGUCUCUACAGCCUUUUUUCAGGCUUUGGCUUGGUUAUUCAAAAAGUUUGACCAUUUGUCCCGUGCCCAAUGCAUAACCCUUACUGUGGUCCCUCUCCUGUAUUAGGAGCAUCCUAAGACCUACAGGUCAGUGUGGAUUGAAGUAUGAGGUCAUGACAUGAAUUCUCCUAUAUCAAAAGAAAAUUAUCCUUUCUUGUCUUUUUUCUGGUUCUCCCUAACCUUUUAUGUCCUUCAUAAAUGAUUCCCCAAAGGCAUGGAAAA